GGAUAGUAUCUUUAAUCGUGGUGUAAAUCGUAAAGUAAUGUACUUUAAUAGAAAUACUACCUAUGUUCAAUGUUAAAUGAUAUAAUACAUCAGUACAAUUCAAUAUGACUGAUCUAAGUAUGUGGGAGAACUUUUCAAUGUUAAUUCCAAGCAAAAGUUGUAAAUCGUGGAAAGGAUAUAUAUUGUUAAAUGCGUAUAGUGUUUACAUAGAAAUAUCUUGCCCUAAUAUACCACUACUAGACAAUUUAAAAGUUCAAAUUCCAGAACUUGAAGCCUUCAACUUCCAUCAAUUUGAUUUGAAGGAAACCAUAGAAAUAGUUAAACAAAAAACACAUUCAUUGCCAGAGUUUUUAAAGGAAUUAAUUCUAGUUUUGGUAAAAGUUUGGAAACAAGAUACUUCUAUUAACUUGCCAAAUUUGAGCUAUGUAUUUGAUCAUGAAAAGUUCCAUUCUGUGAUUCAAGAAGUCAAUUUAUAUGGUCAAUAUGUGCAUACAAUUGAUGAAAAUCUAAGACACAUAACUUUUAAUGUUUUAGAUAUGUGUAAGCACAGCCAUUUUAUAAAAAUUUUUUUACCUGAUGAAUAUCCUAUGAUUAAAAAACAACCAUUAUGUUUUGAAACUAUGGUUCCAUCAGUAAGCAUGAACUUGUUUUUGAAGAUGAACACUAUUUUAAACUUAUUUGAAACGUUUAAGAAUGUUGUUAAUAAAUUAAGCAAUUUUUGGAAUGUGCACAACGAAAUUAUUAGCACUUGCAAUACUAUAGGAUCUUAUACUUUUAGGGAUGUUAAUUAUAGAAUACCUAUUGAUAUUCAUGUAUGUGUUGAAGUUGAAAUUGAUCCAUUAAAUCCUUUGAACUGUCCUAAAUUUCAUCUUCAUGGUCGCCCAGCUUCUAUGGAGAAGUUUCAAAAAAGAUUAAAUGAAAUCAAUCCAAUUUUGAUUUGGAGUACCGAAAACAGUUUUAAAGAAAAUAUUCUAAAUGUAUUUGAAGUUCCUACUCUUCAGUCACAAUAUGAAGAAGAGAAACUAGAACAUUAUGUAGCAAGUCAGAAUGAUUUGAAUUGUUGUUGUAUAUGUUAUGAUCAAUUAGAUAUGGCUAUAAAAAAUCAAACCAAAUCGUGUGUUAAUGAAAAAUGUGAUGCAUUAUAUCAUAUGUCAUGUAUUUGUGAGUGGUUGCUGAAUUCUGGUAGUACACCAAUGUUUGAACAUUUGCAAGGCAAGUGUCCUCAAUGUGAAGAAGACAUGCUGGUAGCUCUGGAAAAUUUUGAUUUGAUUAAAACUUGAAUAUAUGCUAUAUUAUAUGUGAAUUGAAAAUAUCUAAGAAAAAAAAUACAACAGUUUUAUUAAUCAAAUCAUCAGCCAAAGAACAUGUUAGUAUGUCACUUACCAUUUAACAAACCAAGUUAAUUUGUUCAAGAAUAUAUAAGAUGCGUGUAAUAUUUUAAUUUUAUAUAUAUUUUUUGUACUUUGGUAUGUCAAAUAUAUUUAUUAAUAAGUGCUAAAAUAAGUUUUAAAAAAACUAAAAAAGAUUUUUUAAUUUAACUAUAAUUUCUAUAGUAUUUGAAUAAAAAUGUUGAUAAAAACCAGGACUUUGCACCCGAACAUAUUUUUUAGAAUAUAAGUAAUUUAAUUUUAACUUUAGUUAUUGAUUUUAUUAGAUUAAAAUAUAUUUAUAAUCAUAAUUACUAUAAUAUAAAUAUAAAUUAUAAUUUUAUUUAAAUGAUAAAUAUUACUAUUGAGUUAUAUUGUAUAUUGAGAUUCUUCAGUAGAAAAAUUUUAAAUUUUAUAUUUACUUUUUAGUGUUUUUUUUUUAAAAAAAACGAUGGAUAACUAUAAAUACUAAAUUUUCAAUAUUAUUUGAUUGAACUCUAUAAAAAGUAAAAACAAUUAUGAUACCUAUGUAGCUUUUAAGUGUUUAUACGCCACAGAAGAAAAAUAUAAUUGGUAAUUGUAUUGGAGGCAGGGUUAGAAAAACACGCUCUAUAUUUUGAUAACAACCAAAAAAAAAAAAAAACGAAAAAAACAGCAUUUUAAGUGUUUUUAAGAUGGUUUUAAACAUGUAUAAAAAACCUUUUUAUGAAGCCCUAUAAAUUAUAAUAAAUUGUAAAUUAUUAUACAUAGGUUAUAGGUAGCAACCCUCAUCACUUAUCAGUCAUCAUGUCAUUAUGUUAUAACUAUUAUUUUUAUAAAUAUAUAGAUUAGAUAUUCCUUACAAGACA